AUGGCGGCGGAGGCCGUCGCAACAUCCCAGUCGCUGGUAGCCCCGUUUGACUGUGGACCUGGUACCGGACUAACUUGUUCUGGAAACGAAUGCCCUGAGCGACAGCUUUCACUCACGACAGACGCCAGCGGUGUCGAGAAAGCCACACAAAGCGAUUUUUUUGACGAGGAGUCACCCGGCCCUCCUCUGCCAGGUUCGCGCGCGACAUCGACAGACUCGACGGGAAACGAACCUGGCAGCCGAACUGAGAGUGACGCUUUCUCAGGAGAUGGCGGCUCUCCGUUGCCGAGCGGAACGCAGUUGCCUCGUCCAUCGUUUACGAACGCGAAGGAAUUCAAGGCAAACUCGCCAGCGGCCGCAGUUUCUGUCUCUGAAGACGAACCUCCUGUGACCCUCUCGUCUACUGCCCCGCCGUCAGCUCCUGAGGCACCGGCUUUCCGCUCGCUGGAAAGCUGUGCGGAGUCGGACGUGGCAUUGGCAAAGGAUUUCGGACCGGAACAUGCGCAGAAGCGACAAGAAACGGAAGCUGCGGAAACCGAGGAACCGGACGAGCAGGGAAACCGCGCGAGAGCCGCUUCGCGCUCCAGUUCACGGCGGCCUCGGGACAACUGGCUAAACGCGCAGCCUCUGCACAUCUACACCUCUCCAACAGACAGUUCCUCUCGGCCAACUAGCCUCGAGAGGACUUCAUCUUCGGCGUUCACGGAGAAAGGAGCGCGGGCAGCUCGGCCACGCAGCAGAUGGACUGGAGACCACGCGGAGAGUCCAGUCACGGAUUUCCAAAAAUGCGGCCUCGCUGGCCUGCCUCCAGAGGUUCUGAAAAAGUCCGUUUUGGCGCUGCGGACGCAAGUAGAGGACUACCAGAAGCAACUUGUUGAAGGAAGCGUGCAACUCAUGAAGGCCGAGUUGAAGGUGAAGAGACUUGAAGAAAGUCUCAAGCAGCGUGAAGCAGGCACUCGAAACGCCGCGUUGCCGCAAACGAAGGGGGGCGAGGCCUCUCAAGGAGAAAAUGACGCAACCGUCCUGCGAGAGGAAAACGACCGGCUGAAAGCCGAACUGCGCAUUGCAAACAGCACAGCUGAUUAUCUCCAAAAGGCUCUUCGAGACCGCAGCAACCGCGAGAUAGAAAUGAAGAACCACAUUGCUGCGUUGACGGCAGUGAACAAAGAUCUUCAGGAACAGGCGAAAACGCUGGCUGCGUUGCUCUCGCGGGACAAGACGGAAGCCUCCCUCCGAGCGCGCCGUGGCGAGCACACGCAGGCUGGCAUCAGCGAGAACGGCGCCAUGAAGCUCGACAGAUCUCCCGAAAUUAUCCCUCCGAUUCCUUGCACGCAGCCCACAGACGGGGCGUUGCGCACAAAGUGUCUAGGGGACGGUGACCAGGCGCUGAGCAGGAGUCAGGACGACUUUGAUCAGUCGCCGCGGCCUGCAGCGCUGCUUCGACGAACGAGCUCGAGCGUCAUGCACUGGCCGAGCUCUGCAGAGCGCGCGAGCGGGAAAGUCCAGUUCGACGUGUGCCCGGUCUUCGGCUCGGUCCGGUACGACCCGGCGCGAACCUGUCCGGUGGACACUGCGUUGGCGAACUUUGUGAACCAGAGGACAAACAAAAUCAUCUUUACGCGGGUCCGACCUGGCGUCUACCUCUACGGGCGCAUGCCUGUUCGCGUUCAGCUUGGCACAGAGCCGGAGACCCAAACGAAGCGGCUAGAAGUCGUCGCCCGAGGGCGGCGAUACAGCAUUGCAAACUUCAUUAAUGCUUUCGAGGCAAGUCGCGGGGGACAGAUCCGCCGAAAAGGCUCCAAACUCGAGGGUCGCGAGUUUGCGAUUAUCGACCUCGCGCACAAAAAGACCGGUGGACUGUUGCCUCUGGAGUUCUCCAACUUGCCCGGCUCGACGGAAAUGCAGCCCUUGGCGUAUGCGUCAGCUGGCCCCGGCGCGCCCAAGGCUAACCUCGGCUCGAACCUUCCCGGUGCAUGCGGCGCAGAAAACCCAGGCAGGCAGUGGCGCACCGCCUCGCCUCCGGCGGACGAAAACGCAGGCUUCUCUCCGCCCGGGUCCUGGCAGGCCUCUCGCGACUCGGAACGGCCUGGCCGCCUGUUAUCGCGGACAAAGUCGCUCUCGCUUCCAGUCCCACGGAAUGAGGACGCGUGCUCCGACGAGCUCGACAGAGAAGAGCGAGGCAUUCUCCGUCAGAGGUCGCGGUAUCCGCUCUCCCCGGUCCGCGGGAAAGCCGCGUCGGCGAAAGCCAUCCGCUGGCAAGACGGUGCGGCGUCACGGGAAGCCACGGGAGGGUUCUGGUCGCCGCGGUUGCCUCGGAAGGCCAGAGCGGCGCCUCGUCUCAGCGACGACGCCGCAAGUGACAGCAGUCCGCGAGCGGCGCGGGGCGCGUCCCGGCGGCUGGUGUCGCCCUCGGGAGAAGGCCGACGAGGCCGGGGCGUGCGCGAGGCCAGUGGGGGUUUGAAGCGGAGUUCGAUUGCUCUCCUGGAAGGGAUUUUUCGCCAAGGAAAAAGCAGUGGUUCCGCCCCUCUUGGGCCCAAGAAAGGCGGGACGCUCCAGAGCGUGGCCAGCGGGGGGAAAGGAGGAACGCGCGGGGCUGACGCUGAGACUCGGCGGGCGCCGAAGCCACGGCGGUUGGCGGCGGGAGGCAAAGAACGCAUGCCCGUUUCCUGUGUCUCCAAGACAGAGGGUGGAAAAAGCCAGGGCGUGGGCCACGAGCCGCGGACCGCCAAAAGUGAAUCUGCUUUCAGGUCUUCGUCGCUGAAGAAGAGUGGAGCCUGCCUCCCUCGGAAAAAUGUCAGCGUGCACUGGAGGACCCUGAGGCUCUCUCCUCGAAUUGGGAAACCUGAGGCAAGUGCCGAGGGUGCCCAGAGCUCCGCGGUUCACGCAGCCGAGGCUUCGACGGGAUCUUUGCAGGGUGUUGCUCGACGAGAGACGCGCCUCGAGGACGCGCCGAUGGAAGACGCGUCUCCGGCCAGCUCCGCGAAUUGCGCCGCUCCACACGCGUCUGAACCGAGUCACGUAGAGAACUGCACUCCUUCUGGGGCACCAGCUCGAGUCGACCAGAAGCCUGCUUUCUGCGCGGAGAAACCGUACACCGCCGCAGAGAAAGGGUUCCCUGUGUCGCAGAUGGAUGUGGCACGUCUCCUAGCAGCGGCCUUUCCGACUGGAAGGCCGAACGCGAUCUCGAAAUUCCCGCCGUCUUCUCCCGUCCGAGAAGCUCAUGAACGCGGGGCGAGCACUAAGGAUGCGUCUCCGGUUUGUUUACGGAGGUCGCCCGACCCUCUCGUACACGCGUUUCAGCAGACAGGCGCUGGCCCGCACGGUCCGUGCGCCGUUGAUCCCGUGCAGCAUUCCCGGAGGAUGAUUCAGAGCGGGCUGUGGCCGAUCCCGUCCCGCGUUGCGACAGCAGCCUCAGCGUUCUCCUCCUACCAAGGACCGGAGAAAGUUGCUCCGAAUUUCUCGAGCGGCUCCGCACCUACCCCGCCCGUGUGGUGCUAUCCCGUUGACGCCCAUGGAAGUGGAAGGCUCAACGCAGGAUUUGAAGGCGCUUCUGGGUAA